GAGAGAGAGGCAGAAAGCAAGGGAGAAAGAGAGCACAAUUCACUCGGUGGAUUGCUUGCAAGCUUGGGGCUGCUAAUUAGGGAUCUCAGGAGAGCAGCUUCUCAGAAUAGCGCGCUCUCCUCAAAAUGGACCGACGGGAGACAGUGGUUCAGUCCUGCUGAUAUUUUUUAAGCCCUCCUUGCAGUUUGAUGGGCAUUCCCAGUGCUUUUGUGCACGUCUCGGGAAGCGUUGACGUGGAAAGGAGCAGCGAGGAGGGGGAGGUUGGAGAAGAAAACUGCAGCUCCUCUAAAAAUACGGAGGGCAUGCACGGGAGCGAGCGGGCUGGGGAGGAGGGCGAGGUGGGGGCACCUCGCACCAUGGUCCCCCGGUGCCGGCGCGGCGCAGUUUCGGAGAUGUCCCUCCUGUGACUGGACGCACCAUGAGCAUCUGGGAGCUGCUCCUGGCUUUCGUGGUGGUGGUGCUGAUGCUCGUGGCCCUGCUGGCCAACGUGCUGGUGCUGAUGUGCUUCCUGUACAGCGCCGACAUCCGCAAGCAGGUCCCGGGAUUGUUCAUCCUCAACCUCACCUUCUGCAACCUGUUGAUGGCCGUCUCAAGCAUGCCCCUGACCUUGGCUGGGAUCAUUUACAAAAGUCAGCCGGGAGGAGAUCAGGUCUGCCAAGUUGUGGGCUUCCUGGAGACUUUCCUCACCACCAACUCCAUGCUGAGCAUGGCGGCUCUGAGCAUUGACAGGUGGAUUGCUGUGGUCUUCCCGCUAAGUUAUCACUCCAAAAUGAGGUACCGAGACGCUGCUCUCAUCCUGAGCUACACGUGGUUGCACUCGGCAUCCUUCCCCAUAGUGGCAGCUUCUCUCUCCUGGCUGGGUUUCCAUCACCUCUACGCCUCCUGCACGCUCUACAGCAAGAGACCAGAGGAUAGGACACAGUUUGUGAUUUUCACUGGGGUCUUUCACGCCCUCAGCUUCCUCCUCUCCCUCGUGGUCCUGUGUUUCACUUAUCUCAAAGUGCUGAAGGUGGCACGGUUCCACUGUAAGCGCAUCGACGUGAUCACAAUGCAGACCCUGGUGCUGCUGGUGGACAUCCACCCCAGCGUGCGGGAGCGUUGUCUGGAGGAGCAGAGGAGGCGGAGGCAGCGGGCAACGAAGAAAAUCAGUACCUUUAUUGGUACUUUCAUACUCUGCUUUGCACCUUAUGUAAUCACAAGACUUGUUGAAUUGUCCUCUGUGGUCCACAUCAACUCCCACUGGGGGAUCAUUUCCAAGUGCUUAGCUUACAGCAAAGCUGUUUCAGACCCUUUUGUGUACUCUUUGCUGCGGCACCAGUACAAGAAGACGUGGAAGGACAUCAUCAACAAGAUCCUCAAGAGAAGCUCCAUCAACUCCUCGGCGCUGGCGGGCGAGUCGCACAACCGGAACCUUCCGCAGCUGAACGAAUGAGGAGCCUGGUAUGGGACAUCUAAAGUGAUAUUUGUGAAACAGCAGGAACUGGCCUGUCCCCAGUAGCUCUCCUCAGCUGUCCAGGUUUUGGGAGGCAGCUGUGGGCAGGGUGAAGCCCAGACCAUGUCCCUCCAGUAGCCCAUGAAACAUCCAGGCUGCUCUGAACCGCCUCCCUCUGACUGGAAGAGCGCUAUUGAUCCGUGGUCCUGCAGGCUCCACAAAUACAAAUCUCCCAUUGAUUUCCAUCAGCAGCUGCAUCUAUAGAUAAUAAACUAAUCCUCAGCAGAGGGAUUCAUGAAAGUAAUGGGAGCAAACUGCUGCUGGCGUAAGAUUAUUCUAAAAAGCUGCACAGGGAUAUUUGUGCUGUGUUUGUCACUGGCUGCAGGUGAAGCUCCCUCUGAUGAAGCUGCCAACGUGGCUUUACAAAAACCACCCCACCCCAGUGGCUUGGGAAGGUUGUGUGUAGAAAAUAUCCAAAUGGAAAAAGCUUAAAAAAUCUAAAUAUCCAUCCAGGGCCCAACGCAGUUCAGCCUUUUCUGGUACAUAUUGUAGGAAGAAUCCCAUGGAAUUGAAGGAAGGGAAAAACCACUUUUGGAGUGUGAUGGAUUCAGCCAUGUCUUCUCUAAAUGUUUUAAGUUAUUUACAUAGAAUCCCACUGACAUCCUCCCCAUUACAUUUCAGGAAAACACAAAUGGUAGACAGGGUGGAAAGGUCAGGGUGCCUCCUGCCUACCUUCCAUAUAUCUGAGCUCUGAAGAGCUGGAUUUUGCCCAAAGCUGCAGAUCUGGGCCCUGUGCCCAGGAGGGAAAACAGCAAAUCUCUUUUUCUGAGGAGUUAUUAAUCAUGGUGUUUUUUUCCUCCUUGAAGGAAAGAUGAGGCUAAAUCUGAGUUUCCAGUAUAAUUUCCAAAGCAAGUGGAGCACAAAUCAUAGGCUCCCCUCUCCACCAUGACAGUGGAGCCAAUAAUCUGAAUCCACAUCUGAAUGUGCAGAUUUCUGGAGGUUUCAGUACAAAUCUUUAUAGCUCUGGGUUGCAGUUCUGCAUAAGAACACUAUUAACAUUUACCAUGCACUCACAUGCCUGCCCAGAUUUUAAAAUAGGCUUGGGUUAAUUAGGGUUAAUUCAUGAAUGCAAUGGCAGCUUCAAUAACAGCUGACACAAUUGGCUGUACUGCCAUCCACCCCUGAUCAAAUUCCAACUGUCCAGGCCAUUCUGAGGAAAUAAGGCCUCAAGUUGUAAAAAAUGUGGAAUUACUUUUUGGUUGCCACCUUCUCUCAUGCAAGAAAAGGGCUUUGUAUGUUGCAAAAAAUGUCCACUGUUGGAUUUUCUGGCCUCUGAUUCAAAGCCCAGGCUGGGGGCUCAGCGAGGGGCUUCACCCCAAAGUCAGUGAAUGUGGGGUAACACCUCAGUUAUUAUCUGAAGAUUACCAGCUACCAUCCGAAGCUUUAAUUCUUCAUUUCAGUUAUAAAAAAAUACCAUAAUUACAAUAAAAUCCACGAGUAAUCAUAGCCACAAAAUUUAAGAAACCCAUUUUGAAACCCUGCAUUCAAAUGAGCUCUUUGCCAGAUUAAAUAGUCUACCUCAUCUUAAUCAUUUUGCUUCUUAGGCUUAACAUAAUUUUCUCAGGUGCAAUAGAUAAAAAGACCCAGUUCAAUAUUUGUUUCCUAAGAAAUUCAAGACACAUUGAUGAUUGGAUUGUAUUAGAAUACAGAAUGUUAGGAAGCUGAAUAUUUACUGAGUUUAAAAAGAUAAAAAGCUCCACAUUGAGCAUGUUUGACUUAAAUUGCACCAGGAAAGUCCACAGCUGUUGUAAGCUUACACAUGGAGCUGAUGCCAAAGUCAAUGGGAGGUUUGUUUGUCGAUAAGGGCAGCUCCAGAAACAUUUAAACCUUCAGAUUCAAAGAGAAUAAACUAAUUUCCCAGGAGAUUAAAAAAAACAUAAUCCAUUUAGGAUGUCUAGUAAAAGAUGGAGAAUACAGCACUGGACUUGUCUCAUUAUGCUUGUGUAUCACAGUCAGUCACUGGUUGAUUUAUAUCCCACCAUGAGCAAUAAAUCUCUCCCCUUGUAUGUGUUUAAAAAUUUGUCUCUCUUUCAUGGUGCCUUUCUUCUAUAAUUAAUCUUCUAACAGAGAAUAGAUAUAAUUUCCCCUUCCUUGCAUCAGCUCCCUGUCAUAUUUUGACCAUCUGAAGCAAGCAGGAGUUGUAAAUGCUGGUGCUUGACAAAAUGCCUCAGUACACGAGAUAAAAACACCACCCCAACAUUUCCUGAUGACAUUUUAUAGGAUACUCGAAAUACGAUACUGUGGCUUGUUAAGUGCUAGAUUUUCAGCUGAAUCCUUAUAGGCAACUGGCAAAAUUUUCUAAAAUGUGUGUCUCAGUGAUGAAUGUAGAUAUGAGUAACUAUCUGUCUGCUGAGUAUUAUAUGUACUAUACAGCACUCUGACUCGAGUCAGUUAAAAUAAUGCUGGUAAAUGUAAUGCACAGUAUUUAUUAUCUCUGCUCACAAGGCAGAGCUGUUCUCUUGUCUAACACAUGUGUGUGCAAGGGGGGGGUGGGGGAAUUUCCAUUUGUUACUUAAAUAUUUUUGAAGAAGUUUGUGAAGUUUGGCUGCAACCUGUGCCCAAAAAUCUGGAGCUGCAUGUGCAAAAUCUGGGCAGCUGCUUAGGCAAUAUGCAGUUUUCUGUUUGUUGUAUCUGUGACCCAUAUGCAAUAUCUACUCCUCACUCGCAUGUUCAAUUAACAUUUCCUUCAUAUCUUGUGAAUUUGGCAGGCAGAGCACUGGCAGAUGAUUAAGAGAAUGUAGACCACAACGUCGUUUUGUGGAUUCUGAGCUUUUUCCUUUGUUCAUUUUAACGGUUUUUACAUCAUUUCAGAGCCCUAAUUGUGUGAAUUGUGGUCCUGGUUUCUGUUGUGCUCUCGAGCCAGUUUGAAUGUCAAGAUCUGGGUAAUUGCAAUUGGCAAAAACCAUGAGAGAGUGAUAAGGGUAUGUUGAGCAAUUAUUAAGCACCAGGCCCUCUCUUGACAUAAAUCAAAAUAUUGGUUGUUUCACCUGAGGAUUGGGUCCACUAGAUGACUUUAAACUGGGUUUAUAGAUUUCUUCUCUAUGUGUAGGGCCCUGUUUUUAUGGUAUUUACAAAUGGAAGGAUGUGAACAGGAUUUAGGGAGUUCCUCUGAUGUGCAAGUGUUCACUUCCAAGGUCAGGCAACCACAUAACUAAAUAAGUUCUAUGCCUGUUCUUACACUUUGGGUAUGUGACCCUAAAAACCUCUUUUCAGUAACCCUAAAUCAGACUUUUUAGAACUUGUCUUAUGUCUGAAAAAAACCCAAAAACCCUAGAGAUUAAACAUGCUCCAGACAAAUCCUUAUGGAGCCUGAUGACUGCUGCAGCUGUAGCCACAAAUAUUACAGCAUCCCAGACCAGCUGGGAUUGGAAGGAACCUCAAAAAGCCCCCAAAAGCCCCUAAAAGCCCCCAAAAGCCCCCAAAAGCCACAUUCCUGCCUCUGGCAGCACUUUCCUCUCUGUUUUACCAGCACCUCUGGGAAAUGAUCUUGGUCUGCUCCAGGUCAACAGUAAAAUCUUCUGGCAAGGAUAUUUCUUUUAAAAAUAACUUUGAGAAGAUAUUUUAAACUAAACUUCAAAAAAACCCAGCUGUAUCAGAACAUCUUUAAGAGGUUCCAAAAGUGAGGCAGGAGUGGAUGUGAAUGGGAGGCUGGGAGGAACAAACUGGCUUUGCUGCAAUGAUUUGGGGUUUUUUGGCUGCAGUGAGCUUUUCCCAGUGGCCUGUUUCCACCCUGAGAGCUCUCCAAGUCUCUCAGACAAUCACUCCUUCCAAAGAAAAAGGUGAAAAUCCUGUCAAAGCUGUGCCACAGGUUGGGCUGGGGAUGCAAGAGCAGCUCAGCUGCCACAGAAGGAUCCUUUAGGGCUUGGGAAGACUCCAGUGGUUUUCAGAUGGUAUAUAUGGAAACUGCUCACUUUGAAUCACCAGAGAGUCUAAUUCUUAAAGUCCAAGAGGUUUAAGUCAUUUACAAAAUGUGGAUUUUUCUGGGCCUACAUGCCUAAGGUUUCAUAGCUCCCUCACCUCUCUUAGUCCUAAAUGAAGUAGGCUCUGAAUAUCUUGUCCUCUACAUUUUUUACGUGAAUAUCUCUGGAACAACCCCUUGGAAAUUGCUUUUCACUGCUGUUAGAUCUGUCUCCUCUCCACACUCAGUGUUCUGAUUAAACAAAGCCUAAAAGCAAAGCCAGAGACUUCACACCUCUGUCAGCUCGUGUUGACUCUAGAAAUCACUGAUCAGCACAGAAGGCUCAGUUAGACCCUGGUCCCAGAGUCACUGAGUGUUUGCUUUGCUGGAUUGUGAGGGCAAAAAAAUCCUGAACACAGGAUUUUGUGUCUGCAGGAUCAGGGAUUAUGUCUUUGUAACCUCCCCAGACUGGAAUAAGUGAGACCAAUGACAUCACAGCCUUAAAUCUAUUCCUUUUUAAUUUGCUUUUUAUGCUUUCAGCAUUCAAUAUAGUGAAAAUUUUCAAUGGGUGAAGUUUUGGGGUUUUUUUAGGAAAACCAUCCUGCUCCAAAAGGCAGCUGUCCCUGUUGGGAGGGUGUAAAAGUUUACAUGGAGAAAAAGAGCUGUUGCAGCCUUUGUAAAAUGUCAGCUUCUCACCUGUACUGGUGUGUUUGGUGUAAAUAUGUAUUUAGGAUUGUCAGUUUUAAAGCAAAUACUGCUGAUCUAAAGAACUGGAGAAGUUGCUGUAGUUUAUCAUACAUGUCUGUCUUUCUAAGGAGGAGGAUUAGCCCUACAGGCUGUAAGUGCCCUUCACAAAUGUGUGUGCCAAGAAGCAGAAGCAUCAGGGGUGUGACAGCAGGCAAUUGUGGAGUAAAAUAACUUUUUUUUUUUGCUGAAGAAAUGGUAUUCCACAUGAUUUCUAUAUACCCAAAGGCAUGAGUCCAUAUGGCUGAUUAUUUACACACAAAGUCAUGUGAGGAAAAGGAUUUCCAUUUGCAAUUAUUACUGAGUUAUGGAAUCAUAGAGGGGUGUUGGGUUGGGAGAGAGCUUAAAACCCACCCAGUGACACCCCAGCCAUGGCAGGGACACCUCAAACUGUCCCAGGCUGCUCCAAACCCCGUCCAACCCAGCCUUGGG